AUGGCCAAUCGCACAGAUCGUCUUCGGAAACGGGAGCUGCUACGCUUCAAAGAAGCAGCCAGAUCGGUCGUCCUUGCAACGAUUCGCCGCGAGGAGGACGCCUUGCUUUUUCGCGCAUUCGCCGCCUGGAGACAAUUCAAGAAGGAGAUGGACAUUCGCUGCCUGCAGAUCGCGAUGGCCGAGGAGCAGCAAAAGGUGGUUCCGCACCUGGCAGCAGAUGAAGGCCGAGAGUGCAUUACUUUGCGGUGA